AUGUUUCAUGAUGACAAAUAUCAGCCCCGUCAGUCUCACGGCGAGGAAAGGACAAGUAUCAGGGGAGACAAUCGUAAGAUAAAUUCCAAGUGUACACAGUUGUGCGGUGAAAGCGGUCCCUUCGUGGGGAAAUCGUGUGCAAAAACGGUGUUAGUAAAUAUCUACAAGGACGGACAACUUAAUAAUGUGUUGCGUGCUUAUGCCAUUAUAGAUGAGCAGAGCAAUCGGACAUUGGCCAACAGUGAGUUCUUCGAUUAUUUUGGAGAUCAUUCUACGGAAACCGGAUACGUACUUUCAUCAUGUGCCGGUGAAAUUCAGGUAACCGGGAGGCAAGGCAGCGGAUACGUAAUGGAAUCAUUGGACAAGGAAUACUCAUUAAAAUUACCGUUGAUUACAGAAUGCAAUCAUAUUCCGAAUGUGAAACAGGAAAUACCUACACCGGAAGUUGCACGACACUAUAGUCACAUGCAGGACAUUGCUCAUCUUAUCCCAGAGUAUGAAAACGAUACGCCCAUAUUGCUUCUCGUUGGCAGAGAUCUCAUUUCGGCGCAUCAUGUGUUGGAACAGCGAACUGGACAUGAACGUGAACCAUAUGCACAGAAAUUAAAAUUCGGUUGGGUAGUUGUAGGAGAAUCGUGCCUAGGUCUCGUUCACAAACCUACGGUCAUAACUGUGAGCAAAACGGUCGUUUUACCCGAUGGCGUCAUGGAAGGGGAAUUUAUUAAGGACGAGUACGGUAAUUGGAGUGCACCGUUACCGCUAAAAAAGGAACAACCUACUUUGUCAAACAAUAUGGAUCAGGCAAGGCAUCGCGCAGAAAAUCUACGAAAGUCGUUACUGAAAAAUCCUACUAAGCGCGAAGAGUUUUGUGCGUUUAUGCAAAACAUUUUUGACAAGGAGCAUGCAGAGGUAGCUCCCGAGUUACAAGACGGUGAGGAAGCAUGGUAUCUACCGAUAUUCGGGGUUUAUUAUCCCCAAAAACCCAACAAAAUCCGAGUCGUGUUCGAUUCGGCGGCGAAGUUUAAUGGACAUUCGCUUAACGACAUUCUCAUGACAGGUCCGGAUCUCAUAAACAAUUUGGUUGGUGUGUUAAUAAAAUUCAGGAAGGAACAUAUUGCGAUUAUGGCCGAUGUUGAACAGAUGUUCUUCAACUUCUAUGUGCACAAGCGUGACAGAAACUUUCUACGUUUCUUAUGGUUUCAAGAUAAUGACCCCACACAACCGCUAAGGGAAUUUCGUAUGUGCGUGCAUGUGUUUGGCAACUCGUCUUCUCCGUGUAUUGCCACACUUGGAUUAAGGAAAUCUGCUUGCGACCAUAUCAAUUCUUCCGCGUGCGACGAGGUGUGUUGUUUCGUCAAAGAGAGCUUCUACGUUGACGAUGGGUUGACCUCUGUAUCUGACGAAGGUCACGCAGUGCAGUUGUUGAGAGACACUCAAGCUCGAUUACGGUAA